GGCCCAUUCAGUUCUUUUUUCUCCUGACCUCGACUGAAAAAGAUGGCCAAGCACAAGCCCGCUGGUAUUCGUUGCGCUCGCAAGUUGCGCGUCCACCGCCGUUCGCAACGAUGGCAUCAAAAGUCGUACAACAAGUCGCACUCCGUGACUGCCAUGAAGGCCAACCCGUUGGGUGGUUCGUCCAUGGCCAAGGGGAUCGUCUUGGAAAAGAUUGGGAUUGAAGCCAAGCAGCCUAACUCUGCCAUUCGUAAGUCGUGCCGUGUGCAAUUGAUUAAGAACGGCAAGAAGAUCGCUGCCUUCGUCCCCCGCGAUGGUUGCUUGAACUACGUCGAUGAAAACGACGAAGUUUUGAUUGCUGGGUUCGGUCGUCGUGGGCAUGCCGUCGGUGAUAUUCCCGGUGUCCGUUUCAAGGUUGUCAAGGUGUCCGGUGUGUCUCUGUUGGCCUUGUACAAGGAAAAGAAGGAAAAGCCCCGCUCUUAAAUGCAGCAUGUUGGUGGCUUGUGUGCCGCCAUGCUGUCGACCUUUGUGCCGAUGUAGCCCGGUAGAGACGCCGACGAUAUAUCGCAUGCAAUUGUGCCUCUUGGGAGAAUAAUACAAGGAACAAUACCAGUCC